AUGUCUUCAUUUGUCUCUCCUUCGCCUCUCACUCAGGAGCCCCCAAACCUGUCGGGGCCUCAGCGUGAGCUCAGUGCAACGCUCGAGGUGUCGUCUUCCGACGUAUCCUCGCGCCGUGGCGUUGAUCCCAGUCUGCUGGAGGACACAGACAGCCGGUCAAGAAGCGGAGACGACGGCGCGGUGCCUUUGUCGUGGCGAUCGCUCGGCUCUUGUGAACCAGGAGCUCCGCGCGAUGAAAAAACGAAGCAUGCAAAGAAACCGGGGGCCCCGCUCGGCGCAGAACUCCUGCUGAUUGCCGCCUUCAGUGCCUGUGGAACACUCGUUCGCCAGGGCUUCCUUUUGUUCACGAAGUAUACUCCGGGGUGGAACCUUUCUCCUCUCCCGUUGUUUGACGCGCUGUGGCCGAACUGCGUCGGUAGCAUCCUGUCUUCUCUCUUUCUUCCUCUUCCCAAGCUGCUGGAGACCACCGGCGAGAGAAGAAGGCGAGGCAAAAGAAGGAGGACGAAGCGCCACAGAGAGGAACGGGAAAGAAGGCGCGAGUUCCGUGGAGCUGGGGGGAGGGAGAUGGCAGGGAGGAGCGAGACGGCGGUGAACGAGGCGAAAGGCCAGACUGUCUCCCCUCUUGCCUCCCGUCUUGCAUCCUCUUCCAACCACGGGACAGAGAUCCACAUGGUCGGCAACGGUCUCGUAGACUCCCAGCCUCUCGCGCGUGUGGAAGGUGCGGACCAACGCGUGGAUGGCCUCCCUCGUUUUCCAUCUCUCGCUCGCCCUCCUCUCCACGCGCCUCUGUCACUGUCCCGUGGACAUAAGGAGCUGGACAAGGCAGAGGAACAGACACACACCCUCCUCUUUCCGCUCCUGGCCGCUCUUCCGGUGGCGCUGUCGAAAGGGUUCUGUGCAAGUCUCACGACGUUCAGUUCCUGGAUCCUCGCGCUUCUUCAUGCUCUCUGCGACGAUCCCGACUUGACGCCCGCGGCGCUUCCCCCCUCGCCUUAUACUCGGGCCAACCGCCUCAUCUGGGCGGCCAUUUUCGGCAUCUCAGCGCCCAUGUUUGCCUUCCGCCUCGGCACAGAUGCAGGUGUCCUUCUUCAGCGCCUGGUUCUUCGUAAACGCCCGAGACUCUGGACGUUUUCAGAUACUUUGCGGGCGAGCAGGGAGGCGCCGGCGGAGGCGAAGCACAGGCGUCGGAGGGGAGCGAAAUGCGAACUCGAGUGGCGCGGGUCUAGAAGGCACGAACGGAAAGGAAGCGCGGAGUCGCAGAUGUUCUGUCCAGAGCAGCGAAGAGUCCAAGACGGAGAAGAGGGGCACGAGCCGCGUCGGAACGAGUCAGCGGGUGACCAAGGACUGCGGUUGGACACGCCCGACAGUCGGGGGAACAGCGGCGCAUUUGGAAACGAGGUUUUCGAAGAAUCCCCUAGAGACAAAGGAAAUGACGUUCGCAGAGAGCAAGCGCCUUCUGCCUGUGGGCCAGUUCCCACGAGUGUUUUGAUGCGUGAUGCUAGGACGGGCGUCGACAAGCCGGCAAACGGCACGGGCACCGCCAGGUUCCGCCCCGGCGCUUUCCGCGUCGAGGGUCAGUCACCGGGAAAUGCGUAUUCUGUGCACAGUCAGAAGGCAGAAGAGAAGGGAAGUCCCUGUGAAGGCGCGGAAUUCGUUGGCGUAGCAAGCACGGUGUCGCUCCGCGAUGGUAAGGAGCACGGAAGGGGCUGUGAAUGCGGCGGGAGGCCCCAGAAGAAGGGACACGAGGGAAGAGGGCGGAUCCUGGAAACGCGGACAACGGGCUGGGCGCAGAGAGCGUGGGACUGUUUUGCGGGGUCCAGCGCGGGAGAAAGAAAAGCCACGUUCGUCGCGGCUCUUCUGGCAGCUGCGGUGUAUGCCCUCUUUGGGUGUCUAGCGAGAUACGACACGGACGCGACGCGAAAGAGUAUUCUCUGGUACCCUCCCUUGUUGUCCUUCGUCGGUGCGUGGCUCCGAUACACGCUCUCUGCUCAGCUCGACGUGUACACCCCGUACUUCCCCAUGGGAACCUUCCUCAGCAACGUCCUCGCUUCUGUCCUGGUCGGUUGUGUUGAAAUUCUGUUGCACAGAGAAUACAGGGAGUGUCGACGUUCGACUCGGUUGCAGCCUGCCAAGUGUACAGAUACCCCGUACUUCCUGAUCGAAGCUGCGGCCUACGGAAUCUGUAGCAGUCUCAGUACGAUGUCAACUUUCAUUGCGGAGUUGUCCAUCCUUCCUACUCGUUACGCGUACAGAUAUGGUCUCCUUACUGUCCUGUUUGCCUUUGGCUGUGCCAUCUUGGUGUACGCUCCGCUGAGAUGA